AAUGGACUGUCCUAUAGGAGAAACCAUCUAAAAAAAGCGCUGAUCUACUUCAUAGGUAGUGUGAAAAUGAAGUUGUGUUUUAAUUUAUAUUAAAAUAAUAUAAUAUAUAAGUAUUCACUAAUUAUUUUGAAGAAAAUAUUAAACAAAUUCUUAUUUUUGUUGCAGAUUUAUAUACUUAUUUUUAUAUGUUCAAUUAUAUUUAUUAUUUUCUAUGCAUUUAUCGUAAAACAAAUGUGUAUAGACAUAGCUAGCACAGAUUACUGCGAAACGCACGCUCUAUCGAAGAAAGAUAUACAUAUGAAAGAUUGAAAAGUAUGCAUCUAGUAACACUAAUUAUUUUAACCCAAUGAAACCAUUUUUAUAUACGCGUAAAGGGAUUAACUAAACAAGGUUAUACACUACGAUACGAUAGUCGCAUAGUGGGGUUAGCGUUCCCUAUUUGUAUUCGUAGUUUAUAUUUUGUCCAUACCUAUCGUUGAAGUCACAUACACUUUGAACAAAAGUUGCACCACGUAUUGUAUAGUGGUGCUUCCAUUGAUUAUUUUAUCGUUGUGUAAUUCGUUAGUCUGUAUCGAUGUACUUCUACUGAUGUCAUGUUCAUUGGUGUCCUCUUUGUUCGUGGCGUAUCUUUUCAUGGCGUUUUAAUGCCCCAAACAUAACUUUGAUUGAAAAUCGAUCAUGCCAAAAAUUAUUUGAUGAAAAACGGCCAACAAAUUAUAAUCAUGAACGAAUAAAGACACUGUAUUAUACUUCAUUUUAUUAUUUUCUACAUGUAUGCAUGCUGAAUAAAAGAGUUAUUCCGGCUAUUUAAUCAACAGAUUAUUUUAUUUUAUUGAGAUAUUAUUUGAGAAAAAAUGGAAAAAAAUACUCAUUAUAUAGAGACUACAUUUAUGAAAUAUGAACAUCCAAAAUAUUUGUGGUCUGUCGAAGAAUUCUUUGAUGAUACAGUAAAAAUAUCACCCAUGUUUCUAUUGCCAUCUUGUUCAUAUGCAGUCACAAUGAUGUAUCAUAAUGAUGAUCUUAUUCUGCAAUUUGAUUUUAAGAAGAAUCAUUAUGGUGGAUAUUUAUUUGUUAUAUGUAAUAUAUUACAUUUAGAACAAGCAAGACAGAUUAUAGAUAAGACCCAUAAAAUAAUUAAAUAUGAAGAUCUGAUGUUAGAUGAAGAAGAAUUUGAUGUGUCACUUGAAGUCACUCAUAUAUUUCCUGUGACUAAACAAUUGCCCAAUUUCAAGUUAAAACAAUUACCAACAAUAAUGAAACAUAUAACUUCAUUGCAAAGUAAUUCAGAAUUAAGUGACCUAUCAAUUUAUGUUGAAGAUUCAGUGUUUCCUGUGCAUAAAUGUAUACUUGCAGCACAUAGUCCUAUAUUUAGAAACAUGUUCACAAUUGGAAUGAAAGAACAAAAAGAUAAGAAAAUUUAUAUAACUAAUAUAGCAAAAGAAACAUGUAACUCUAUGUUGUCUUAUAUAUAUACUAACAAAUUUAAUGAUUUAGAUAAUAUUGCAAAUAAUCUUAUUUUUAUAGCUGACAUGUAUAACAUACAAGAUUUGGUAGAAUUAUGUAAAGAAACUUUGAUCAAGAGCAUGAAUGUAGAAAAUGUGUUUGAUAUUCUUAUUAUUGCAGAUGACUUACAUAUAAGAGAUCUAGAAUUACAUUGUCUUCAAUAUAUAUCAAAAAACAGGAAAAAUAUUAAUUCAAAGAAGGAAUAUGAAGACAUAAAGAAAUAUUCAAAUAUAGUAAUCAAACUUGUGGAUUUCAUGAUGAACUGAAAAUACUUUAUUAUUUUAUCAAAAACUUAGUGUAUUAAAUUAAUAGAAAUAACUAAUAAAUUCUUAAUAAAUUCUU